AUGGACCCAAAGGUGGGAGUCGGUGUUUUUGUCUUGAAUUCCGAGGGCAAGUUCCUCCUCGGAGAGCGAAAGGGAAGCCACGGAGCCGGCACAUGGGCUCUCCCCGGUGGACAUCUUGAAUUUGGUGAAUCUUUCGAGACUUGCGCCGCACGCGAACUGCUCGAGGAAACGGGUCUGCAGAUCCAAAACCUGCAAUUCUUAACCGCCGUGAAUAGCGUCUUCGAAAAGGAGAACAAGCAUUACAUCACCAUCUUCAUGGCUGGGACUGCGCACGAGGCAGCGCAGCCUCAGAAUCUCGAACCUGAAAAGUGCACCGGGUGGGAAUGGGUCUCUUGGGACGAGCUCAAGGCUGAUCGCGAAGCUCAACUGAGUUCUUCUGGUGGUCGCAAAUUAUUCCUACCAUUGAUGGAGCUAUUCAAGCAACGGCCUAUGUUUGAGGAACAGUUGAGCCAGGUUUCCCGUGUCCUGUAG